GACUUCCGUUACCAGCACUGCAGCUUACCUAGCUUUUAUUUUGAUAAACAACCUCAAAUCUCUCUCUGCUUGUUAUCUAUUUCCUCUUAAGCCCGACACCUGAAAGUAUUUUAGUUUCCAACAUGGGCUUUCUAAUGUCUAAAUCCAUGGAUGCAAACUUACAGAAGCAGCAGGAGUUCAUGCUUCACAAUUCACGGCUGCAGAUGGAACGUCAGAUCCUGAUGCAGAACCAGAUGAGAGAGCGACAGAUGGCCAUGCAGAUGGCCUGGUCCAGAGAGUUUCUCAAAUACUUUGGCUCCUUCUUCGCUGUAGCCACAGUGGGACUGACAGCAGGAGCCAUUAAAAGAAAAAGGCCUGCCAUGUUGGCUCCGAUUGUCCCUCUGGGCUUCAUAUUUGCCUAUCAGAUGGACAGCGCCUAUGGGACGCUCAUUUACCGGAUGAGAGGCGAAGCUGAGAAUAUCAUAGCCUCUGAGCACGACCGUUUGGACCUGCCUCUUGGGACGCCGACCUUUGAGAGCAUAGAGAAGGCCCGGCGGGCCAAAAGCGGCCUCAUCUCCCUUUUGGAAAAGUGAUGCAUCAGUUGUGACACGAGUCAAGAUCCGAACCGUCCGAGCGGUGCGUUCACCUGUGCUAUUUUAGUUUCAUCAUAGAGAACAGCUGUCAGGUCCGAUCUGACUUCUGUAAACGUGUUGGAGUCAGAGCUUUGCACCACAUCAAGUCCACAUCACGGACCUUUGAAUAAAUCUCUAGCUGUUUUGGUUUGUACAGUUGUCUCAUGUUAAAAGCUGAUUGGCUGAUGCAGAAAACUGAUUCAGAUCCAUUGAAUUAUGAUGUGUACAUUUACUGCACUGUAGAGGGAUAUUAUAAUUAUAGUAGACACUAUCCUUAGUGGAUAAGAUGUGCGAUAAACUUCUGUUGUUUGAUUUUUGACCACCAGAGGGAAGAAAGACUGAAACAUAUAGUCCAAAAAUAAUUUUCAU